AUGGCUGGAGAGGCAUUGGGUUUAGUUGAAACGAGAGGCUUAGUUGGGAGCAUUGAAGCUGCCGAUGCUAUGGUGAAAGCGGCAAAUGUUCAUCUCAUUGGUUAUCAGCAAAUUGGUGCUGGCUACGUGACUGUCAUGGUUCGUGGCGAUGUUGGUGCCGUGAAAGCGGCAACGGAUGUUGGUGCCGAGGCUGCGGCGCGCGUCGGUGAAGUUGUUUCAGUUCAUGUGAUUCCACGACCACAUGCUGAAGUCGAAAUUAUGUUGCCAAAAGCGUAA